GAGCCGUGUGCACUAUAUAAAAGCUCACAAGAAACCGCAUGUGAACAAGCUGACCUUCUCCUUCCAUCUCUUGCCUCGCAACCACAUUCUCAUAACCCAGCCGCCACCUCACGAGAAAUGUCGGGAUCCGAAGUUAAGCUAGAGUACCAGCAGAAGAAUAUGCCGUUCCGCCGGCUAGGGUCAAGCGGUCUGCGUGUUCCGGUGUUCUCCCUGGGUGGCUGGUUGACCUUCGGGGGAACUGUCGUCGGUGACCCCGUCAAGGAUAUCGUCAAGACUGCUUUCGAGAACGGUAUCAAUAUGUUCGAUGAAGCGGAGGCCUAUGCCAAGGGACAGUCAGAAGUAGAGCUUGGUCGAGUGCUUAAGGAGCUUGGUUUGCGCCGCACUGAUAUUAUCGUUACUACGAAACUAUACUGGGGGGCGGAACGCAAAGGUCCAAAUGACCAGGGUCUUUCUCGGAAACAUAUUGUCGAGGGAACAAAAGAGUCUCUUCAACGUCUCCAGCUUGACUACGUAGAUGUUAUAUUCGCUCAUCGUCCUGACCACACCGUCCCAAUGGAAGAGGUUGUGCGCGCAUUCCAUUGGGUUAUUGAACAAGGACUGGCAUUUUAUUGGGGCACUUCUGAGUGGUCUGCGCGAGAGAUCGAGGAAGCACACCAUGUCGCCGAUAAAUAUGGACUACACGCACCCGUCGCUGAACAGUGCCAGCACAACCUGGUGCACCGUGAACGCCCCGAGGGGGAAUAUGGUCCUUUGUACCAGAAGUAUAAUAUGGGAACGACCGUUUGGUCUGCCCUUGCCGGUGGUAUCUUGACCGGAAAGUACAACAACGGCGUUCCGGAUGGCUCCCGUCUCGACACGAACAAAGAGUUCCUAGCCCAUAGACUUAAGUUUUUGGAAUCCGAAGAAGGAAAGAAACAAAUCGAGAUAGUCAAGCAACUCACUGCGGUUGCAGAGACCGAAUUGGGCUGCAAGGUCUCACAUCUGGCUUUGGCGUGGGUUGCGAAGAACACAAACACUAGUACGGUCAUUCUGGGCGCGACGAGUCCCGAGCAGAUCGUAGACAAUCUCAAGGCGCUCGACGUGAUCCCUAAGUUGACACCAGAAAUUCUGGCGAAGAUCGAGGCCAUUGUAAACAACAAACCUGCGCCGCCGCCGGAUUUUGGCAGGCCAGGAUUAGACCCCCACGGCAGACUGUAGAGUAGUACUAAAUCGCCAAUUGAGAGCUCUUGAGGAUGAAGCAGAUUGAAGGAGUUAUAUAGAAGAAGAAUAUACUUUGUUUUCUUUUUAUU